AAACGCUCCUGAACCAGAGCUAUCGGCGGCUCGGCCGCCAGCGGCCGGGCGGUAGUGGAGGGACACGAGGCGUCGUCUCCAGAAUUGGCCCGAAAUGUGCAACUAAUUCCGAGCGCUGGCUUAAGGCAUUAAAGAUGGGUAUGCAGAAUCCACAGUUUUUGUUUAUGAUGUUACAAUACAACGGAUUUGAACAAUCUGAUAAAGGGUACUUUCAGCUUGUCAGUACAGCAUGAUUAACAAAGGCCCACGUCCAUUAGUAUUAUGCGGCCCUUCGGGCAGCGGAAAAAGCACUUUGAUAAAGCGAUUGUUCGAUGAAUUCCCUGAUACCUUUAAAUUUUCGGUGUCUCAUACAACUAGAACACCACGGCCUGGCGAAGAAAAUGGGAAGCACUAUCAUUUCACGGAUAAAAAGAAAAUGCAGGAGCAGAUUAAGAACGGCGAGUUUAUUGAAAAUGCUACAUAUAGUGGAAAUCUGUACGGGACAAGCAAAAAGGCAGUCGAAGAGGUGCAUCGUUUGGGACAGAUAUGUGUAUUAGACAUUGAUGUACAAGGUGUGAAACAGAUAAAGAGCAGUCUUCUCAAGCCCUUUUACAUAUUUGUAAAACCACCGUCCCUUAUGGAAUUGGAGCGACGACUAAGGGCCAGAAAUACAGAAACUGAAGAAUCGCUGAAACGUAGACUAGCAGUUGCCAAAACUGAACUGGAAUAUGGCGAAACACCGGGUAAUUUUGAUAUCAUCAUAGAAAAUGACAAUUUUGAGAAAGCAUAUGGGACUUUACGCAACUUUAUAUAUGCUAAUUUUGAAUCACAUUGCAAACCAGUUGAAACGAGUUGAGAAAUUCGGAUUUUGGAUUAUUUUUACAUCUGGAGUAAUGGAUUAUAUUCUUGGCGAAAAGUUUUUGUGAACUAUUUUAUAUAUAUUUAAUUGAUAUCUAAUUAAAAUAUAUACGUAUAUAUGCAUAAUAUUUAAGCUGAAACUAGGGCUAAUGUAAACCACGUAACUAAGUUUUAUUUUUAUAUUCAUGUAUUAGUACCUGCCAUAAUCUUAAUUACAGAGAUUGUUAUUUUCUGGCAGCAUAAUAAUUAUUGUAACAAUAUCGCGAACUUUUUUUACACUAAGUCUUGUGCGGCAAAUCACGAAAGAAAGGAUUGGUACUCUAAUCAAUGAAAAUGUGGUGCUAUUUAUUUUUUUUUUUUUUUAAUCAAGAUUUAUUCUUUUAUAAGAAUAUAAGAAGAUUUUUUGCUAAGAUAGAAUUUUGACUGUUAUUACUAGUAGAAGAAAAGUAAAAAAUAAUUCAAGAAAAAUGUAGAAUUGUAGAUAUAGUUAACUGAGACUAUUCACCAAAAAAGGUUGUGUUCCAAUAGAAUAGGUUAUUUGUAAAGUACUUGCGGAGUUUCAUCCUUGUACUUAUCUUCGUAGUAAAAUGUCACAGAAGCGAUAUACUUCUGGUUACAUCACGAUCUUCUGAUUUACAUCACGAUAGUAGCGGACUUCACGCGAGCAUCCCAAGUACUUAGAAUUUAUCGUUCUAGAUCAUAGAAAGAAUUAUACAAACAUUCCUGUAAAAUCUGCGUUUACGAUUUUAGAAGAGUUAUAAUAAUCUUAUUAGAAUUGUAAAAGAGAAAUAUUUCUCAAGUAAUUACAUGUUUGUUGUCGCAUGCGUGCAAAUUUAAAAUCUAACUGUUUAUAUGGUUUAACUAAAAUCGAUUAAUAAAAUUAUAUAAAGUAUAUUCGUCUGAUUAGUAGUAGAAAAGUUAGAAUUAUUAGGCCGAAUUGCGCUAACAAUCCGGUUCAACUGACUUCCGCCUCUGCGCACCGCACUAUUAUAGGCAGAACAAAAAAAUCUAUUUACUUAGAAUUAACGUUAGUCAUUGCUGAUGUAACCGAUUACUCGUAGGAAUAAGUGUGGAAGAUGUCUUAUUGUGAGUACACUAUUAUAAAGAUAUAUACGAUUGUUGUAUGUAUAUCAAUGGUACAUUCAAUAAAUAGUUUGAGACAGUGUGA